AAUCAGAAGCUAGUAGCGCUUAGUCCGACUCUCAGCGGGGGAGCUAAGAAAAGUCCUCCAGAUUGAUCUUGGAUAUAUAUAUAUAUUUUUUUAAUUAACAUAUAUUUUAAAUAAAUAUAUUAAAAUGUCUCCCUCAGUGACCACUCGCUACUUUUCGGAGAAAGAAGUGGCGAGACACUGCACCAAAGAGUCAUGCUGGGUGUUGGUGGGGACACGGGUGUACGACGUGACCAGCUUCCUGCGAAUGCACCCGGGGGGAGAGGCGCUGAUCUUACGGCGCUCCGGGAGCGACAUCAGCGCGCAGCUGGACGGACCUCCGCACCGGCACUCGGAGAACGCGCGGCGGUGGCUGGAGCAGUACUACAUCGGCGAAAUAGACAGGGAGUGCACGGAAUUUCACACAGAGACACUAAGACAGAGGGGAAACAAGUCAGAAGCUCAAGAUGGUACAGAAGAAGAUUCAGCCAUCAACAAAUGCAGUAAAGUCGACGAUGAAACAGAUCUAGUGGACUGGAGGAGGCCCCUUGCCUGGCAGGUGGGAUAUUUGGGAGAGAAGUAUGACGCCUGGGUCCAUCAGCCUGUGGAUCGACCCAUUCGUCUCUUUGAGUCUGACUUCUUCGAAGCUAACACCAAGACCUCAUGGUACAUGGUGCCUGCUGUAUGGAUGCCUCUGGUUAUUUACCUGAGCUGGUAUGGCUACAGCUUGUUGGCACAAGAAAGCACUAGACUGUUCAUUACAUCAGACUACUCCUUUUUGAUCCACAAGUACUGGUUCCCAUUCCUCUUCCUGCUUGGAAUGUUCAUGUGGUCCUUCAUCGAGUACUGUAUCCAUCGCUUCCUGUUCCACAUGCGUCCACCAGCCCACAACUAUUACCUCAUCACACUUCACUUCCUCCUCCAUGGUCAACACCAUAAGUCUCCAUUCGACGGCUCUCGUCUGGUGUUCCCUCCUGGUAUAGCGUCAGUGGUUAUAGGAGCAUUUUACCUGCUUCUGAGCCAGCUGCUGCCCGAGGGUUUGGGCACAUCUCUGUUCGUCGGUGGUCUGUGUGGUUAUGUGGUCUAUGACAUGAUCCACUAUUACUUACACUACGGUUCACCACGCAAAGGCUCCUAUCUCUAUGGCCUGAAGGCUUACCACGUCAAACACCACUUUGAGCACCAAAGAGCAGGUUUUGGCAUCACCACCACGUUCUGGGACUAUCCCUUUAACACGGUCAUUCCCGAGCAGACAUUUUAAACUCACCCUCGGUUGUCACGAGUUCCCUAUGCAAGGCCGCCCCUCCUCUCGAACCCCCACCAACUGUUGCUUUUCUCAGAGCUCAUGCUCUGCUGCUUUGCCUACAAAAAAAAUUAUCCAAGCUGCUCAUCGUCAUCAUCAUCAUCAUUGUCAUCUUCGCCAGCAUCAGCCUCAUUGUCAUCACUAUCAUCAUUUAAAAUGGGGCAGAACCCAGACAUGUCGGGAUAUAUGCAUGUACAGCCAUAUAAUAUAAAAAAGAAUCUAAUUUUAAUAAUUUUGGAUUAAAACUGUUUUUAUAGAAGCACUAAGAGGUUCAGGGCCACUUUUAACCGCCAUAUUGUGUAGAUAUCGGUAGAAAGACUUAAGUUAAGUGUAAGAAGGUGUGUGAAUGUGAGGAGAGGAGAGAGUGAUCGAGCGAGUGAGCGAGUGUAUGAAUGGUUUUUAGCCGUAGCGUGGAUCUGAAUGGACGAGACAGUAAAGCAAUAGGACCCUCAAUGGCCUUCCAAGUGACUGCCAGAGAGGAAAUACUCAGGAACGUCCUCUAAAUCCCACCAUGCUUACGGAGACUUGCCAGUGUUGCUGCUGUUAUAUAGGAAAUUUCCCUCACUGCACUUUUUCCCUCUGUUUGUGUUUUCCCUUCCAAUUCCUGCCUUGUUUUUGCUGAUCCCCAUCUGUAAAUGAUACUCAGAAUCAGUUUUUUUCACAUCCUGUCCUGUUCUUGCGUUUUAGCCCUGGGGAUUCGUUCUGUGGAAGCCGGCCUGCUAGUGGACAGUGUCGCUUCAUUUUGUACCAUCAUUGUGUUUUGUUUUGUUAAAAAAAAGAUAUGCCAAGUGAUCUCCUAACAGAACAAUACCCUAUCCCGGGAGGAGCCAUAGCUAUUGACUCCUCAUCUAACCUAUUAUUACAAAAACAUAUUCAGAGACAUUAAGCUGUGACGCUUCCAUAGCGAUGCAAGAACAACAGUGGCACUUGAAAAACAAUGGGCUUAAUUCCUGAUCAGGAAAAGCGGGUGUGUUGUCGUGGUUGCCGAAUUUGAACCAUCGAGAGGUGUGAAGCCGUGUGUUUGGGGAUCUCCUUCAGCUUGGGGGUUGCCUGGCAGGGGGUUUAGAUGAGGCAGACGUGACCAAGGCAAUCCCUCUUCUGGGUUGACGAUCAUUGGUGUCUGACCAGGCUGUGAACUAGGAGGCCCCACCCACAUUCUCAGGCUGAUCUCUCAUUGGUUCACGCUUGUAUCGAUCUCCAUCCUGUCCAGUGGUGUCACUCUCACACUGUCUCACGUUCUGUCCCAAUUAGCAAACGUGUCCUGUGUCUUUGUGUUUCUUUGCAUGUAUUAGCCUCUUGUUUUUAUUUUUAUUUUUUCUGCUGGUGUGAAGUCACUACACGCCUGUCUGGAUUCCAGGAACUCUCUAUUCAGGUCAAAAGGAGACUGUGGCCUCGCUUGUGUCCUUUAGCUACUGCACAAGUACCAUCUGUCAGUGGUGGUAACAUGAUGAAAUGUUUUGUAAGGCUACCGUCUUCCCGGUCUGUCCUUGUUGACAUGAUGGCCAAAAAAGAAAAAAACUACAGAGGAAAUGUUGAAUCUGUGUAUUAAAAUGUCCCCAAUGUGAGAUAAAGGGCAUUCCCUACAUCCCUGUUUCUUUCCUACACUCAAAUCAUGUAAUAAAGUCAGUGGGGUGUCAAGAGGUGGGAAAAUGUGGAGCUGAGUUUAGGGACGUUUGAUUGGGCUGUACAGCUCGAAUUGUGGUAACAGUUUCUGGAAGCAUGAAUGUUGAUUAUUAAGAAGUCGAGCCAUGGCACCUUCCCGUCUCUGAUGAAAUAGGUCACACUGUGGGCGUCCCACAACGGGUGGGUGCCACCGGUUUGAGUAAAGUAAUAACAGUAAAUCUAUUUACAUGUGUUUACCUGUAAACAAAGUUUGAAGGUUUAAUUCAGAGAAACAAAUCUUUAAAUGAAAAGCUAAAAAAAAAAGUUAAAAAAUUGAUGCCUCUAAUACAAAUGAAAAUCUGUUUACUACUCUCUAUUUUUAUGUUGCAAAUUUCUAUGCAAACUGAACUUGUAAAUAAAUGUGUGUAUAUUUCUGAUGAACAUUA